AUGAAGCUCUUCCUGUUGAGCUACCUGCUUAUUUGCCUUUUCGGCUUGACUGUAAUCGCUGUUGCUCCACAGAAAGCUGUCAUCGUGACAUACCCCGAUGAUGCCCCAGACUCGGUGCUGGAUCAGACCAAAAAGGAAAUAGAGAGGGCUGGUGGAAUCAUCACACACGAAUACAAGCUCAUCAGGGGCUUCGCUGCUCAAGCGUCAACCAGAGCACUCGAAGCCGUCCAGGCUCUUAGCUCGCAAUAUCUACCGCUCAUCGAGGAAGAUUCUAUUGUCUCUAUUGAUGGGGACUUGAUCAGGGGUGGUCACACAAACUAG